GACAGAGCGGGGCAUCUUUUUCUCACUUCGUCUGAUGCAAUCAAUUCCGGAAAAUGACCGACCGACGGAUAUCCGGCCGAAUACCAUCGACGGUCACGGCAACCGCACAGAAUCAUAAGAUAGAAGAAUGAACGUACCACUUGCCUCAUCCUCAUUCCAGGACUAUCUCCUUCACACAAAGCACGCAUCAUGGCAGCCGCAGUGCAAUCGCAAUCUGCGGUACCAACGCCCACUCUCUCGCCACCGACCAGUUUUACCCCCGUGAGCGCCGCCUCGUCAGCCACGUCCGUGGAUGAGCAAGAUGCCGUGGAAGAGAACUUUGACACAAUAGAUCAUCUCCUUCAAUCACGAGCCAAAGGACGUCUUGGAGAUGAGCCCAUCGUGGCCUAUCCUUCUUUCGGUACCAACUACAUCUACUACAGUCCCAAACAGCUUGACGCAUUCGUCGAGACAGCUUCCAUACAUUACGCCAAAGCUAUCCCUCAACGACGUUCGUCUGAGGACCCAGUACAGGUGGUGGGAUUAUUGGGCCCGUCCGGCUUUGAAUACCUGAUCACACUGCUCGCUCUUUCGCGACUAGGACAUACAGUACUCCUGCUAUCGACUCGCAUUGCCGAGGAUGCCUACGUUAGCCUUGUCGAGAAUACGAAAGCGUCGUUUCUCGUCACUCAUACCAGCUUCCAUGCCACUGGCGCCAAGGUAGCGCAGAGGACGGGCAUCAACCUUCAGCCAUUACUGUCGCGUGAAGAUUUCGACAAUGUCACCACAGGCACCGUGAGGCUGCCACCAGCUGAGUUGGAUGGGACAGUCGAAAAUAAGCAUGUGUGUUGGAUCAUCCACUCCAGUGGCUCAACAGGACAUCCCAAGCCCAUCUACCAGACGCAUGCCGGUGCCCUCAAGAACUACGCUAACAAUUUCGGCCUAUGCGGAUUCAUCACUCUGCCCCUCUUCCAUGCCCAUGGAAUAAGUUGUCUUUUCCGUGCAGUGCACUCCCAGAAGCUCAUAUACCUUUACAAUGCCGAACUCCCCCUGACUGCCCCUCAUCUUCUCACAACCCUCCAAGAGCACCAAGAUAUUCAAGUUCUUUACGCUGUUCCAUACGCCCUGAAGUUGUUGUCUGAAUCACCCGAGGGACUUGAGGUAAUGGCCCGGUUGGAGCUGGUGAUGUUUGGCGGCUCUGCCUGCCCGAAGCCCAUUGGGGACAAGCUCGUGCAAAGUGGCGUGCGUCUCAUUUCUCAUUAUGGCACUACUGAGACGGGCCAGUUGAUGACUUCAUUUCGUGAACGCGAGGACCCUGAUUGGGACUACGUCCGACCCGGGCCGACGCUGUUGCCCUACAUCCGCUGGGAAGAGCAGAUGCCUGGUAUUUACGAACUUUGUGUCCUCGAAGGCUGGCCCUCGAAAGUAGCCAGUAACCGAUCGGACAAUUCGUAUGCUACCAAGGAUCUUUUUGAGAAGCAUCCAACGACCCCCAAUGCCUGGAGAUACUACGCCCGUCUGGACGACACGUUGGUGCUGGAAAAUGGUGAAAAGGCCAACCCCCUUGUAAUUGAGGGUGUGGCCCGCAAUGAUCCCAACGUGGCCGAGGCCAUUGCCUUUGGAGCAAACAAGCCUCGUCUGGGCUUAUUCUUGAUUCCAGCGGAGAAUACUUCUUGCAAGACUGCAGAAGAGCUCAUAGAUGCUGUAUAUCCUGCUAUCGAGCGGUGUAAUGCAGACUCGCCGGCAUAUGCCUACAUCUCCCGCGAGAUGAUUCGAGUACUGCCACCAGAUGCAGUCUACCGAAAAACAGACAAGGGCACAGUCAUCCGAUCAGCCUUCUAUCGAGACUACCAGAACAUGAUCGAUGAGGUUUAUGAUGUUGAGGAUGCUACCGGAGACCAGAUCCUCGAGGGUGAGGACCUUUUAGGUUUUCUUCGCGCGCAGCUACUCGCAGUCGCACCGUCUAUCAAUACUUCUAUGGUUGAAGAUACGACGGACCUGUUCAGCCUAGGAAUCGACAGCUUGCAGUCUAUCCGACUACGCAGCGCUAUCAUGAGGACGCUUGAUCUGGGUCAACAGAAGCUUUCUCAGAACUUUGUAUUUGAAAAUCCCUCGCUGCAGGCCAUGGCCAAUGAACUCACUCGGCUGCGCCUAGGACAAGGACCUAGAACCGAGAUUCCCGUUGAGGAGCGCAUGCAAAGCCUAAUUGACAAGUACGGCUCUGGCUUCAAGGUCCAUGUACCUGCUUUCCGGGAGGAGACGGGUGAGCACGUCAUUGUUACGGGUGCCACAGGCUCGCUGGGCGCUCACAUCAUUGCUCAAUUGGCAAAGCGUGAUGAUGUGCGGACUAUAUUUUGUUUGGUCCGUGCCAGUUCUCGUUACACGGCUCUGAAACGGGUCCGUCAGUCACUACGGGCGCGGGCCUUGUCAUCUGAAUUAGGCCCCCUGGCUGAGCACAAGAUUAUCGCUUUGCCUUCGGAUCUGUCAAUUCCUACGUUAGGUCUGGACGAAGCGACUUAUGCGCAGCUAACGCAAUCAGUGACAACUGUCAUGCAUUGCGCAUGGUCCGUCAACUUUAACUGGUCCUUGGAGAGCUUCGAGGCAAGCUGCAUCGCGGGCACUCGGCACCUGUUAGAUCUGUGUCUUAAUGUGCGCAGUUCAAACCCAGCACGUUUUUCGUUCUGCUCGUCUGUGAGCACUGUGGCCCGCACCCCAGGUAACUGGGUUCCAGAAACCUUGCCAGAAUCACUCUCCUAUGCACAAGGAAUGGGUUAUGCUCAAUCGAAGCUCGUAACAGAGCACGUUGUGAAUCGUGCAGCUCGGGUGACAGGAAUGACGGCUCGCGUUUUGCGAUCGGGGCAGAUCAUUGCAGACACUGUUCAUGGUAUCUGGAAUGCCACGGAAGCCAUUCCGAUGAUGUUUCAGACAGCGGAAACCAUUGGAGCCCUUCCGCAGUUGGACGAUCUCCUCUCAUGGACACCCGUAGAUGUGUUGGCAGCGAGCGUCAUUGACCUGACCCUUGCGCCGGUUGCAAAUGAUGUACUCAAUGUCACCAACCCUAACCUCAAUCACUGGGGCAAAGACCUCCUCCCACUCCUACGCCAGGCUGGGUUGAGAUUUGAAACUCUUUCCCCUCGCGAAUGGGUCCGUCGUCUUCAGCAAUCAAGCCGCGACCCCGAUGUCAACCCGCCCAUCAAAUUGGUCGAGUUUUUCGCCAGCAAGUACGACAAGGAGAGCCCUAGUCGAGUUCUUCUCUAUGACACCAAGCAAGCCCAGGCGGCUGCCCCAGCGUUGCGUCAAGCCGGAGGACUUACGCUCGAUCUCGUUCGUCGUUUUGUGUCAUAUUUUCGCAGGCAAUGGACCAAGACAAUUCUAGAAUCACCCCGGGAGGUCAUUUUCCUGACUGGACCCUGCGGCUGCGGCAAGAGUACAGCCGCUCAGGCACUGGCGCAACGAUUCUGCAUUCCUGUCAUUGAGGGCGACGAUUUGCAUUCCCCAGCCUCGCGGGCCAAAAUGGCCAACGGCAUCCCUCUUGAGGAUCGAGAUCGAUGGGAUUGGUUAGCACAUAUCAGAGGCGCAGUCAUGGAUCGGUUACAACAUUCAACAGCGCCCGCCGUUGCAGUGACCUGUUCCGCACUACGAACGGUCUAUCGUGAUGAGCUGCGACGUCUUUCGGAUUUGUUUGACUUUCCUGUCACGGUCACCUUCGUGCUUCUUUCCGUCCUUAACGGCGAGCAGCUGAAAGAGCGGGUUGCCGCCCGCUCCGCGGUAGAAGCGCACUACAUGCAAGCUAAGAUGGUGGAGUCCCAACUUCAUACACUGGAGAGCCCGGGCCCAUCGGAAAGCGAUGUAAUUGUGCUAGACUCAAGUCGCUCCAAGGAGAAGAUGAUUCAGGACGUUGAGGAGACUGGUGGAGGGAUUCUGUCGUUAUAAAUUUAGAUUGCACAUAAAGUAGAGCUAUGGGCAUAUAUUGUCAUAAAUUGGAUCAGCUGUAUAUGAGAAGCAUUCUUCAAAUAGUUUAGAGAGAAGGCCUCUCGUGCCAGUGACGAUGUAUCUGCCAUAGUAUUUUCUUCCAAGCGCCAGGGGGCUCGAUGUUAUCUAUGCAUUUGUAUCAGAUAAAAACCUC